AGCUUAGCCUCGGGAGAGAGCAAAGCUUCCUAAGACAGACUCAGACCAGGACAGAGUCAGCCCCACCCGGAGCCCCCUUUCAGAAGUUAGGCUUCCAAGAAGGAACACCCAAAUUGUCCAGUUGCUGCAGAGCCCCAGCCUCCGGGGGCAGGGGCCUCCAGGAGAGUCUGUAAAUGGUUUCCUCACAAUCACCCUUCUCAGGACGGUGGGGGCAUCCACUACUCAGCCGGAAUUUGACUCUCAUGGCAUAGAGCCCGGUCUCCGUGGCAGCGGAGGAUUUAUUACCAGGCCUCCGCCCAGCAUGCUGGACUUUCGACUCCAAGCUGGAGUAAAGAGAACCAAACUCAGUUCCAGGAGUAAGGGGAGCCUGAGGAUGGCCAAGUUCCUUUCCCAGGACCAAAUUAAUGACAAGAACGGAGAGCUGGACUUCUCCACCUUCCUGACCAUCAUGCAUAUGCAAAUCAAGCAAGAGGACCCAAAGAAAGAAAUCCUUCUGGCCAUGCUGAUGGCAGACAAGGAGAAGAAAGGUUACAUCAUGGCGUCUGAGCUGCGGUCGAAACUCAUGAAACUGGGAGAGAAGCUCACUCACAAGGAAGUAAUGUGAUUUAUUGCAGUGGAUGAUCUUUUCAAGGAAGCAGGCAUUGAACCAAACGGCCAAGUGAAAUAUGACACGUUUAUCCAGAGGAUCACCAUUCCUGUGCGAGACUACUAAGGGAGCCAAGAUCAAGAGAGCAGAUGAGAGCCUUCGGGGCCUGAAAACCUAGACUGAUUCCUUUUUGUAAGGGAAGUCUAGAGAUGACACAACCACUGCAUGGCAUAAGUACCAAUAAAUGAUGUAGCCAUGGCAUUGGAUAACUGUAAUAAGGUCUGUCUUGAUUUCGGUACUAACAUUAGUCUAGCCAUUUGCAGCAUAGUCUAGCCCUAUGAUUUGUAGUCAGGGUUGUGUGCCAGUGCUGCCUCUGCAACAUCAUCCCCUCACCCAUUGUACUUCUCAAAGCCUUUGGACCUCAUAAGGAUGAAGAUUGUGACUGAAAAUAAAUGGUUGGCAACUUCAAA